GACACCGUUUACUUGCCCUCGAGAACCGCCGGAGGACUGGUUGUCUACUGGCGCAAUGGGGCUUAUAGGCGGCUUGUCUCCUGGCGGGAGCAUUGCUUCGGCCUUCUAUCAACCAGUGUUCAGAGCUUGGGUCUCACACUCCAACGAAAAUCGCAUAUUCUCGAAGACGAAAAGGGCCCUUACGAUGUUAGGCGCCCGCCCUACAGGAGGAGGAGGUGGCAGCUGGGGAUGGGAAUGUUUAUCAUUUCCAACGUGCUGGGGAGCUCUAUCCAAAUAUCAAUGCUCCCUCUGCCGGUAUUGUCGACAUUACAAGCUUCCGGACUGGUGUUCAACUCGAUUUGCGCCACCCUGAUACUCGGAGAACCGUUUACGAGGUGGUCAUUAUGGGGGACGUUAUUGGUCUGCAGCGGCGCCGUCUUGAUUGCCAUAUUUGGGGCGAUUCCCUCGCCGACACAUACGCUUACGGAGCUGCUGGAUCUGCUUGGGAGGCGGCCGUUUGUGAUUUGGAUGUCGUUCCAGGCGGUAAUCGUGAUUGCUAUUGCGGUGGCAACAGAAUUCGUCAGCCACUUUACGACAUGGAUGCAGGAUACACGGUUUCGUCUGGCAAGGGGUUUUGCGUAUGGAUGCAUAAGUGGCAUACUAUCUGCGCACUCGCUCCUGGUUGCCAAGUCAGCUGUGGAGCUCAUCAUCAGGACGAUUGUCGAUGGGGACAACCAGUUUGUACACUGGCAGUCGUGGAUGUUGGUUCUGGGUCUCGUCACGUUGGCCCUCAGCCAACUCUACUACCUUCAUCGGGGGCUUAAGCUGGUCUCGACGUCGGUGCUUUACCCCUUGAUUUUCUGCGUUUAUAACAUUAUCGCGAUUCUGGACGGCCUGAUUUAUUUCCGUCAGACAGACCUGAUAGGCCCGCUCCGCGCAUGUCUCAUCGCCCUUGGAACAGCUAUUUUACUAUCUGGCGUUCUCGCGCUGUCAUGGCGCCUCAGCGACGAGCAACAUACCCCUGGUGUCGGCCAGUCUUCACUCGCACCUGGUCUUGGCCUUGUGGAGGACACGGACGGCGAGGAAGAGGAGGAAGAGCUCCUGCUUCACUCUGCACUUGGUGAUGAGGAAGAAGCCCGGCCGCUACCGCCACCACAUUACAGCAGCUACCAAACUUUUAAGCCAGCUCGUACUUCCUUGGAAACCCCUGCUGAACAACCGCCGGUAUCACCAUUGGUCAUGCCAAAACGACAAAGACCAACGGCACGCUCGAUGAGGACAGUCUCCAACCGCUGGACAGAACGAGCGGAGAUCUGGGACGAGCUCGAAGACAGAGAGUCACCAGAGCCCAUACCCCCUGCUUUGAACAGACGGCGGUCGACUACGCUGCCAGCUAGGGAGGCGAUCGCUGCCCGUCAAGCGAUAAGGAGGGGUGUGACCGACUUUCCCAUUCUGGGCGAUGCACCAGCAGAUACGGAACCAUUAUUACCCUCGUCAGCCUCGCCAAGGAGGGACUUUAGGCGAAGAAGGAAGUCAACUGGCUUUCCGGGAUUUACCGCACGAAGAAACUCAUCGAGGAAGACCUCCGGCGGUGGAUUACAGGAUGCGGUGGGGAACCUGUGGAAGAUGAGGUGGUGGAAAGGCAGCGGCAGUAGGUCUGCUAGUACCACGCCGGUUCUCCCGACGACGGAGGAUUCGGCGACUUGGGGCGGUGGGGCAGGAGAAUCGUAUAGAGAUACCCCUGUGGAAACAUAUAGAGAUGAGGAGAGUGUUUCGAGAGAUCCAAGAGCUGGGAGAAGUAGAUCUGAGUCUGGGGCAAGGAGGCUUGUGGGUGGUCAAGAUGAACCUCCACCACCGCCAGUGUAA